GUCGACACCAUUCGUGAUUUUUACUCUGCUAGUGAAAUCAGGUCAAGGAUAUUUGUCACAGUCCCAAAGAUGCGCUCCGUAAAAGGAGUCCCCGCAGGUCUAAACACAGUCCACAAGAAUGAGACAUCCAACGAGUCCUUUCUCCGCCCCUACCCGAACUGGGAGUGGCAGAAACAAGGCGACUGCAGCGCUCUCCAGUUCCCGAUGAGCAUGGCUAUGGAUCCGAACACAGGAUACCUCUACGUCAUCGAUGUUGGCAGGGUUGGCGUUACGACAUCAAACGCUGACAACAGCUGCCCGCCAAAGUUGGUCGUUUUCGACACCAGGCGAUCAAAUGACGCCAUUCUUAGCUACGUCUUUCCCGAUUCUGUCGUGUCAGCAACCAGUAACUUUCUGAACGAUAUCACUCUAGAUUAUGUCGACCCCGAGGCAGGGAAUCGAGUACGAUAUGCUUAUAUUACAGACACUUUUGACAAGCAGAUUGUAGUAUUUGAUUUCUCUACCAACACCUCUUGGAGUUUCCAGGACUUGAACAGCAUGGGUACAGAUGGUGACCGCAACAUUACGAUCCAAGGAACGACAUACACCAUGGACUUUGCUGUCAAUGGCAUCUCCCUCUCCUCCUCAUUCAACUACCUAUAUUAUUCUUCCGUGGGAUCAAGGAAACUCUUCCAGGUGCCGACAUGGGUGCUGAGAAAAGAAAAAUCGGACUUUUCGAAAUACGUCCGCUUGGUUGGGACUAAAAAGUCUAAUUCAGAUGCUAUUAUAUUUGGUCACAGAAACCUAUAUUUUGGAGCGUUGGCUUACGAUGCAGUGUACAGGUGGGACCUCGUAGAGGACUUGAACCUCCAAGGCGUCUCAGAGGGUGAGGUAACCAUUCAGACCCAACUCCCAUUGGCUCAGAACUGGGAGACCAUGCAAUGGGUGGACGGUAUGACCAUCGGUUUUGACAACCAACUGUAUUUCAUCACCGAGCGAGCCCAACUCUUCCACACAGGCACUAUGGACUUCUCGGGCAAACAGGGAGCCAACUUCAGAAUUUUUACAUAUCCAAUAGCCGACAAGAGUUAUUUAUCCUUGCCCAAGGCUGGACACGAUUCUGUUAUUGUUGGCUGAAUGAAUGAUGACGACUCGUGAGAUGACGAGAUUCAGAAUUUGAUUGUACCCUGCAACUGCACUAUGCUUAUUAUAAAUAAAUAAUGUCUCUCUGUUUGUCUGUCUCUCUGUCUGUCUGCCUCUCU